GCUAAAUUGCUAGCAAGUAGGCCUAUAUAGCAGUCGAUCGUCCUGACGGUGCCGGGGCAGUAGAUCUUUUUCUUUAGGCCUAAAUAGGCUAGAUUAAUAGAUGAACAAGUCAAGACGACAAGAGUAUUAAUUUAGGCCAACCUUGCAUGUGUUCGAGACAAUCAUGGAUGAUGCAGACUUGGAGAAACUUUCUGUCAAGCCCGGAUCCCUGAGUCCGAAGUUCCACAGAAACACGACAGAAUACGCCGUGACUGUCGCGAGUGAUGUGGGCAAACUGACCAUCAGUUGCUUGACAAGUGACAGCAAUGCAAGCUACCAAAUUGUGGGUGGGGAUGGAGGGAGGACUGUUGAUCUUGCAGAGGGUAAGACAACAACAAUCAAGAUUGAUGUGUCUGCUGAAGAUGGAACAUCAAAGCUCUACAUCAUCCAUGCCAAGAGACUCUCAGCCAAAGAUGCUUCCCUGACCAAUAUCAAGUUAGCAGAUGGGUGCCUGGUUCCUGACUUCAGCCCUGAUACACUAGCCUAUUCAUGCAUUCUUCCUUACUCUGCCAGUGUACUGAAGGUUACUCCGACUGCUCCUGAUAAAAAGAAUGUAGUGAAGGUCAACGGUCAAGACCCGGGGUCAGAGGUCAACCUUAAUGUUGGCGAGACAGCCAUAGAGAUUGAGGUCACAUCUGCUGAUGGGUCCAAUAAACAGACAUACACUGUGAAUGCCACAAAAAGAUGGCUUGGACGUGCAGUACAGUUUGCCAGUAGCAAAGAUGCUAUGAAGUAUGAAUGCCCCAUCACCAUCAGUCCAUUUCAUAAGCCAUGCAGUAUCAAAGGUUCUGACCCAAAGCAUGUAUUCAGUGAACCAAUCAUUGAUGAGCUGACAAGAACAUCAAAGGUAGAUCCAUUGGAUGGGACACCCCUCGAGAAUGAAUGGAAGGUUCCAGAGGGAGGCAUUGAGAAGGACUUGUCUAGUGCUACAGUAUGUUGUAUCUACUGCUAUACAGGAUGUGAAGAGAAGAUGAAGUACAGUACUCUAGGGACUCAUAUAAAGACAUGUGGGAAAAGACCUAAGAUUGAUGCAGAACCAGAGAAUGCUGACACUUGUAAAGAAUGCAGUCGCAAACGCCCCAAAGAUGAAAUGGACUGGCACAUGGCCAACAUGUGUACCAGCAAACACACCAGUAGGGAGCUCAAACAUUCCAUAAAGAGCCAUGACUGGGAGAAAAAGUUACAAGUUUCUGAAGAAUCUGGUAGUGCAGAUCAGCUAAUGUCAAAGGCCAAAGAUAUCAUCAAGAAAUACAGAAUUGCUCUGCCAAGGAAAGGUCAGUCAUCACGUUUUGAGGAAGGCGGAUCCCCGUUAGACCUGCUGCACUCUGCUGCUGUGAACCUGGCAUGCGGCAUCAAGCAGAAACCUAAAAAAGCUGACCUCCAUUUUACAUUGGGCCUGGUCCUGGAAGAGACCUACUAUGCCCAGGAUAUGUAUGGACUCAAGAAGGAUGAUGAUGACCUUGAUGACAGCAUGGCAACCCUGUCCCUUGGCCUGAGCACCAAGUCAAAGGACAGUAGCAAGGAGGAUGAUAUCCAGGCCAUAUGUCAGCAGAGAGGAGCAGGAGCCAACGCCUCUCUUUCCCGACAGCUUCAGGCCAUCGACGAGGAGUACAAGCACCUGCUCAACAGCGGUCAGUCACAGAAGGCUGACUAUGUCCAGGAGCUUUAUCUGUUCAAGUCCAAGCAGGCUACUCAGGGUGGAAAGACAUCUCAGGCAGCAUCUGAUGAAAGCAACCCGCUAGGUCAGGCAUGCGUCAAGUUCAUGGAUGCCCUGUCCUUGGAGCAGAAUAAUGUUAUGUACAACAUCCAUGUGGGAAGGCUACUACUGCUUCAGGACAAAGUAGAAGAUGCCCUUGUUAGGUUGCAACAUGCAGUAGGCCUCAAACCAUUCCUUUCCAUUGCUAGAUUCUACCUUGGCUUAGCAUUGGUCCAGCAGAAGAACGGUCCUGGAGCCAGGAGUAAAGAAGCCACUACCUACCUGCAUGAUGGCAUCCAGUACCUGCUAGAGCUCACAACUAAACAGGCUGAAACAGUGGAGAACAGUUCCUCAUGUGACCUUCACUCAGAAGACCUAUGGAGGACUUCUAGCGGCCAGCUUCUCAAGGGAUGUAUAGAACUAGGUAAGCUCCUCAAGAAGACACCUAUAUCAGGGUUCCUCAGUGCUGCUGAUGUCUUUCACAGUGCUGCCAUUUUGGCAGGGCAGAACCUAUGCACGCUGCCCUGUAGAGGCGACACCUACCAAUCAAUGGAGUGGGUACUCCUUGAUGUUCAUGCCAUCCUGCUAGAAAUGCUAAUGGAGAAAGAUGCAGGGAAUACCCCUUGGAUUGCUCAACGAUGUCAGCGUCUCUCUUCACUCAUCAACUGUUCUACCAUCCCACAGAGUCAACAGGUUCUCAAACUUCAAGAACAGACAUGUCAAAAGGGAGUGAUAGCCCAACCAUGUAAUAGCCAAGCUCUAUGUCACCUUGGCACCUCCCAGCUAGCCAUGUAUGAGAAUGACCCGACCUCUGACCUGGGAAAGAAAGCACUCCUUGAUGCUAGGUUGUCCUUUAGGGCAAGCAUUGAGAAAGAGGGCAAACCGAGUUUAGGUGGUGACCUGCCAACACAGAUGACAGAACAAGGUUGGUGGCAGGAGAAAAAGAAGAAGGAAGAGGCGGCAGCAGCCAGUAAGGCAGCACCAGUAGAUAAGGGUAAGGGUGUGGCCUCUAAGGCUGCCCCAGCUAGGGGUGCCCCAGCAAGGGGAGCACCUGCAAGGGGUGCACCAGCAGGGAGGGGUACUACUACACCAAGGGGUGCAACCAGAGGCGGUCCAGCAGCCAAGACGGGUGCAGCCAAGGCAGCACCAGUCCCAAGGGGAGGCGCAGCCCGUGGGCGUGGCACUACCUCUGGGCCAGGCAAGGCUGCCCCAGCCCGUGGAAGAGGGGGCAGCACAACCAGCGUGGCCAAACCUGCUGCAGGGGCUAAAUCAGGUCCAGCUAGCAAGACUGCUGCAGCUCCAGCCAAGGCAGCACCCACUCCAUCUCCAGAGCCAAGUAAGGCUGCUGCCAAAUCAGAGACUAGCCCAGUGCCUGCCAAUGCUCCUUUGAAUCGCAUGAGCUACCUUCCACGUCUUGGCCUAGCGAGGGCCCUAGCUAAAGAGACGGAAGAUACCAAAGAAUCGAGAAUGCUCUAUGAUGAUGUCAUCACUAUGGCACCUCAGAUCCAUGAUGCCUACAUAGAGCUAGCUGAACUGCUUAUUAAGACGGAGCCCCUCCAAGCUGUUGAUGUUUACGCCCGCUAUCCAUUCUCGGAUGAAGAGUCAUAUGACGAUGCUUUCCUCCAUGGCGAGAUCCUCCGUCUGCUCAUGAAGCAUGAAAAGUUUGAUGACCCCAGAUUAGAGAGGCACAUGAUUGCAUAUGGCAGGAUACUCGGCAAAGGAUGUAUUGAGAAGUAUGUUCAAAUCCUGGAGGCUAAGUUCAAGAAUGAGCUACUGAUGAACGUCUAUGCUGCCGUCAACCACAAAGCAGUGGAUGAUCCGGACAUGCAAGCAUUCUUCAAGUUUAAGAUGUGGCUAUAGUCAGAUUCAGACAUAUCUUAUUGGGGACAGUUGCGAAUGUUUCUCUCGACAGCCUAUUCUAACUGAAUCACGGGGCCCAUCUGCACUGGAAAUGGCAAGGAUAGCAUUUCAACUUAAAUGCCUAAAUAAUGACCAUUACUGCAUGAAUUCUGAACACCUGGGCCGGUAUUCAAUUGAAAGAAUUGAAUAUUUUGCUUAGGAUCUAACUUGGCUAAGCAAAAGUCAUAAAUGCCAUAUCAGGGUGAAGACUGACCAAUUGGUUAGUGUUAUGGCAGCCAUGUUUUCAUUUUCUUGAACAUAUCACUUUUUUUUAAUACAUGGUCUUGUCACCACCACAGUUGGCCAUGUGACAUGAUUUUACUGUAGAAAGAUCAGAAGAAAAAAAAUAUUAAGAAAAAGUGGAAAGGCCAAAGCUGCCCAGUUUAUGUGUGUUAAGUUAGGCUGAAGUAGUUGAUUUUAUGGAAGAAAAAUCAUUGUUUGUUAUUUGAUGAUCCGUCCAAAAAUACUAGAUUCCAUCCAGAAAAAAACCUUCCAUAUUAUUUUA